AUGAUGACCUCCCUAGCGGCCGACACCCUCGCGCAGGUGAGGCAAGUGGCGUUCGUGGCGACCGGAGUGCUGGGCGUCCCGUGCCAGUAUUUGCGAAUCAGCCGCGCGUGGGGCAGGGACCGGGGCCAGCCACUGACCACCACACCUGUUGGAGGAUCGCCUUGUGGUUUCACAGAUGAGGCACGUAGUGACAUCAAGCGCCCAUUGGCGCGCCAGUGGACGGCAGCAGAUUCGACGCAGCCGGGGCCCUUUGCGGCCGUUCCAGAGGGGAGCCGUGGUCGCGGGGACAUUCGAAGCGACGGAGACACACAGUCGGCGACCGGAGUUUGGCUUGCACGAUCUCGUUUAGCAGCGACAGACGCCUCCGUGGGUUUCCAACCUGUUCGCCCUACACAGUGCGAGUCAAGGAGUCAUACACGACAAGGCAGGCAUUCCAGGCGCGUAGCGUCGUCGCCCUCUCCUCCGCUUUGCAGGAAAGGCGAACGCAGGAGUCGAGAGGAGGCUGCGUCGGCCCUGCCGGCCACAGCCAAGCGGCACCGCGGGCCUGACUCGUUCCCGCCCCCCCCCCUCGACGCUCCGCGAGCCCCGCCUCUGUACUACACAGAAGGCGUGCAUGGCUUCUCGAGGCUGCGCACACGAGCACACCUCCCAGUCCUAUCGCCGAUUGUGGGAAGUCCCUUGAGCCCCUCUUGGUCUGCACGGGGCUCAUCCCCGCCUUCGAAAACGACGCCGGCGAGCGCUCGGCCGCCCAGCCCAGCUAGCCCCCGAAUCCCCCCUGCGGGGGUCGUCCGGUCCCCACCUCUGCCGGGCUCCCCACCGCCGAAUCCACCCUUCCUUUUCACCCCAGUCUUGCAGGUCAGUGGCGGGUACGUCCCGCAGACAGGGGGGCCCCUCAAGCGGAAACGGUCGCAGGAGAGAGGUGACUCGCCCGAAUUCGGCGAACCUUGUCGCAAGGUCUGGGGCUCGCCGUGGGUCUCUUGGCGCAAAGGGGAACCCGUGCUGCCGCCGUCGCCGGGGGCACUUUGGUCUCCAUCGGGCUCUCCUGAGGGUCUACAAUCCGAUAGUGAUUAG